AUGGACAGUGGAUUAGUGGCGUGGGUCGGAGCUCUCUCAAUGGGCAUGAUCUUCUUCUGUUCUCCCAUCGUGAGUAUAUUCACUGAUCGUUUGGGCUGCCGAAUCACAGCGACCGCUGGGGCUGCCAUUGCUUUCGUCGGCCUCCAUACCAGCUCUUUCACCAGCUCACUAAGCCUGCGUUACUUCACCUAUGGGAUUCUCUUUGGUUGUGGCUGUUCCUUCGCCUUUCAGCCAUCUCUCGUCAUCCUGGGCCACUACUUCCAACGCCGCCUGGGUCUGGCCAAUGGUGUAGUAUCUGCUGGGAGUAGCAUCUUCUCCAUAUCCUUCCCCCUUCUCAUGAAAACACUGGGGGCUAAGAUAAAGCUCGCCCAAACCUUCCAGGUGCUGAGUACCUUCAUGUUUAUUCUUACGCUGCUUUCACUCACCUACCGGCCCCUCCUGCCCAGCUCCCAGGACACCCCAAGCAAGAGAGGUGUCCACAGCCUGUGCCAGCGCUUUCUGGCUCAACUCAGGAAAUACUUCAACAUGCGAGUGUUCCGCCAACGUACCUACCGCAUCUGGGCCUUUGGCAUUGCUGCUGCUGCCCUUGGCUACUUCGUUCCCUAUGUACACCUGGUGAGGAAUACCAGGGUGGACCCAGGGGGGGUCCACCCUACCCGGCCCCAAGAAUCUGUCCGUAACGUGCCUGAAACCUGGGUCCUCUUGGUGUGUAUUGGGGCUACCUCAGGCAUCGGGCGCCUUGUGUCAGGCCGUGUCAGUGACUCCAUUCCUGGACUUAAGAAGAUCUAUUUGCAGGUCAUCUCCUUCCUGCUCUUGGGCCUGAUGUGCAUGAUGAUUCCCCUGUGCCGGGGCUUCGGGGGCCUCAUCGUUGUCUGCCUCUUCCUGGGCCUGUGCGAUGGCUUCUUCAUCACCAUCAUGGCCCCCAUUGCAUUUGAACUGGUGGGCCCAAUGCAAGCCUCGCAGGCCAUUGGCUACCUCCUGGGCAUGAUGGCCCUGCCGAUGAUUGCUGGGCCCCCCAUUGCAGGCCUCCUGCGCAACUGUUUUGGGGACUACCACGUGGCCUUCUACUUUGCCGGUGUGCCCCCAAUCAUCGGAGCUGUAAUCCUCUUCUUCGUGCCUCUGAUGCAUCAGAAGAUGUUCAAGAAAGAGCAAAGGGAUUCCAGCAAGGACAAAAUGUUGGCCCCUGACCCAGACUACAAUGGGGAGCUGCUGCCGGGCUCCCCCACCCCUGACGAGCCGAUCUAAUGCCUCUUCCUUGCCAGCGUGUGCUACUCCUUCACCUUUCCCCUUCACCCCGCCCCGCUCAGCAUUUACAUUUUUGCCACCAGCACACUUGUCCCCAAACCUGUGCACAGAGCAUUUCAGCCACCCGACAUCCCCUUGGAGCCAAAGCUCCAGGUGUUCCAAACUCAUGAAUCAAAUUCUCCCCACGAAUGCCUUUAAACUUGCCAGGGUCUCUCUCCUCUCAGGAUCUAGGAAUGCUUGGAAUCAAGCCAUGGCCUGUGGAACCUGUCCCUAUACUUCAUAACCCCUGGGGGAAGGGGGGCCGGGACCUCUUGGCUCCAGCUUGUUAGUCACCCAGUAUAAACAACUCUGUCCCCCAGGAGUCUGGCGGGAAGACGCAGCUGCUGGUGGGACGUGGGUGCAGGGAAGGGCAAAGAGGUAAAAUGACACAAGAAGCCUCGUUUCGCCUCAGAAUCUCUGAGGGCUGUGACUUCCCAAGAGCUGUGGGUGCUGUUAGUUGCCGAGUGUCCGCGUAGCCCCCCAUCAUCCUUUCCUUUUUGCCCUCUACUCCCUCAUUUCUCUUCGCUCCCUGUUUCUUUUCACGACUGUCGUAGACACAUGGGUGCUAAAAGAAAGGAGGGGCCGAGAGCUUGGGCCAAUCAGCUUUUCUUAACCUUGGCCCAGCCCGCCCCUGACACUCAUCUCAGGCUGACUCGCAUCUCACUUUAUGGCGCAAGCUGCUGCAGUCAUAGACUGGAAGAGUAGACUGUCACAAAGGAAAGGACCUUCAACACCCCUCACUGACUUUGACAGAUUUCCCAGGCCAGUGCAUUAACCUCCAGGAGCUCCGAGCUCUCCAUCGUCGUAUCCACCUGUGAAAAUGUGACGCCAUCCCUUUCACGUCAGAAGGCAGGGGAGGGCCGAUGACAGGGGGAUGGCAUCUCGCAUUAUUCAUUACAGGUCAAUGUUUCCACCUGGGCUAGGCCACGAAAGGGCUUGUUUUAGGGAAAAUCUUAUUCCCGACUUGGAUCCUAAAAAAGUAGAGGCAACAGCUGCACAUAGGGUUAGACAGUUUCUUUUAAGAAGGGGAAACGGUCUAAGCCUUUACCAACAAAUGUGUCCCUCAUGCUGUGCAUCCUGGGCCACUCUAAAAUAGGUGCCAGUGCUCAAAGAAAGGAGACUCUGGGCGACAGCUAGCACAAGUCACCUCGCUAAGAGCUCAAGCUCUCUCCUUGCUCGGCCUCUGUGUCUCUUUCUCCAUAAUCUGGGUCUUUGUCUGCUGUGUUCCUACUACCCAGACCUUUCCUCACCUUCUUGCCAGGCAUCCUUGGUUGUCACUUGGUUGUCACCCCAAGCCAAGGCCAUCCCAGGGCCAGGAGGAUGAGGUUGCCUCUGAAGGGCGCCAAAGAAGACAACGGUUCCGUUAUAACUAGGCGGUUGGGACACGGUUGGCGUCUGAUGGCGGCAUUCAAGGCCAAAGUCUGAGCCCCCUCCACUGGUCCCAAUCCAGCUCUUAUCAAGUUCCCAAAGGAAAACCGCUGAUCCUUGGCUCUGUGGAUAGGAAGGGGCCUCAUCACUAGGAUGCUGUCAGCUCAAACAGCAGUGCAGCAGGAGAAUCUGGGCCCCGGCAGCCGCGUAAGUCCCAGGAGAGACCACGCAAGGUGCUGGAGCAGCAGAGCCCCCGCUGCCAUGCUCCGUGCCGCGCCCUCGCCCCGUCACUGGGCGUCCUCUGUUGCUCUGGAGUGAAGAGCUCUAAAGAAUCAGGCUGCCAUCCAUUCUUCUCCAGAUGAAGGAAAGCCAUUUACAGGUCUCAGAUCUGCUCUAUCAGGUGUCACAUGGGGGCGGGGGGGAGUGUCACAUAAGGCAGGGAAGUUUACUUGUACUGGCACAUGCGUGGGCUCGCGGGCUUUUGGAGAGAACGUGGCUUGGCGAAAGCGGCACAGUAUUAAUAUCUAGGGUAGGACGCAGCCUCUUAUGGAUCCACAGUCAAAUCUAGGAAAAUGAACAAAAUUUGGGAGUUUGAGGCCUGGUACAUUUAAAUCCUCAAAAAGGUUUGGAACGAAAUAAACAGAUGUAAAAAUCCGG